CACUAUCCUACCAUCAUCGAAGCGACUCACGCGAAAGUAAAAGUGAAAGUGAAAGUGCCACUUCGGAGUGAAAAUAUUUAGUUAAGAGGCAUUCGUUCCAUCCCAAUCCACAUCUCAUCUCGCAUCCCCUUCAACCAGAUCGCAUUCCAACAUGAAGGCUUGUGCUUCCCCCAGCUUGUGGCUCGCUCCAAACCCCAGCAAAAGAUGGGGCGAACUCUUCUUCCUUCUCUACACCCCCUUCUGGCUCACCCUUUGUCUCGGCAUUGUUAUUCCCUUCAAUCUCUACGAGAAAUUCACGGAAUUGGAGUAUUUGCUUCUCGGAUUGGUCUCCGCUGUUCCUGCUUUCGCCAUUCCAAUGCUGUUUGUUGGAAAGGCUGAUAAGAGCGUCUCUUGGAAGGAUCGUUAUUGGAUCAAGGCCAGUCUUUGGAUAAUAAUCUUCAGUUAUGUUGGGAAUUAUUUCUGGACUCAUUACUUUUUCACAGUUCUUGGUGCAUCUUAUACCUUUCCAUCAUGGAAAAUGAACAAUGUACCUCACACAACAUUCCUGCUCACUCAUGUUUGCUUCCUGUUUUAUCAUGUUUCAUCAAACCUGACACUGCGUCGAUUACGGCAUUUUGUUGCUGAUUUGCCCGAAAAAAUCCAAUGGGCUACUGAAGCUGGAUGGAUUCUUGCUCUUGCUUAUUUUAUUGCAUACCUGGAGACUCUAGCUAUUUCCAAUUUCCCUUAUUAUGAAUUCGUGGAUCGGGACUCUAUGUAUAAAGUUGGAUCUUUGUUUUAUGCCAUAUACUUUAUUGUGAGCUUCCCAAUGUUUUUAAGGAUAGAUGAGAAACCUGGUGACAAAUGGGACUUGGCCAGAGUGGCUGUCGAUGCUUUGGGCGCUGCAAUGUUGGUCACAAUAAUACUUGAUUUGUGGCGCAUCUUUCUGGGACCUAUUGUUCUGACCCCAGAAACAAAACAAUGUGCUCAAGUAGGAUUACCCUGGUUUACAGGACACGCCAAUCUCACAUGAACAAACUUGGACAAUCCUUGUACUAGUGCUUACUCUGCCAAAUUCCUGAUCAGGGCAAUAGUGUUAGUAGUGCUUUCAUGUUGCUUUAGGCUGUAGACAAGGCUGGUGACUUGGUAUUUAUUGAAAUAAAUGAUGACAUAGUUCCUUGGACCC